ACUUCAAAUCGGCCGCACACACACGUCACGCGCAUCACCAACAUGCAAUGCUUAUCGCCGCGCCGCGCGCUGCCACCAUCGUGCGCGUACAUUGUCACCACCGUUUACCCAACAGUAAUAUCAGUGCAAACAACAAGUUUACAGUGCGAUUAUUAAAAAUGUGCGUGCUUGUGUCUGUGUCAGGAGGGUGCGAUAAUCAUGUGCAUAGGUGAUGUUAUUAAAUGACUCUGCGAUUGUUCAUGGGGCUUCUUACCUCUGUUAUAAAAUAAGAAUGCUCCUAAGGCAGUAUGCAGUCUCCUGGUGGUUAAUACUAAUCUGGCUGAAUCCGUGCGAAGCAAUGUGUCCGCACGAAUGCACCUGCCGGCAGUCAGAGAAGGGCCGUCGGCGGGUGACGUGCACAAUGGGCGGCAUGGCUGACCCGUUACCCACGGCCGAAAUGGCCGCCGAUAUGGAAGUGCUCGAGAUCGGCGCGCCCGCUGACAAUUGGAACGCGCUGACGCUGGGCCAACUCUUUCAGAACUUCAAGGCACUGCAGGAGCUGCACAUCCGUCGGUCCACACUAACCGCCAUCGGUAUGCACGCCUUCUGGGGCGUGCCUUCCUUACGUAUCCUCGACCUGCCCGAGAACAACAUCACCACACUCCUGGAUCACAACUUCCGGGGUCUAGUAAAUCUCGUAGAGUUAAAUCUGGAGUCCAACCGGAUUGAUCGUCUACCAAUCGGGGCGUUUCGCCAUCUCUCGGAGUUACGUGUGCUUAAUCUCGAGCGUAAUUUAAUCAGCGACUUGGUGCCAAAGGUGUUUAUGAAGAUGAGUAAACUAGAAGUGUUGAAAACCAGUUGGAAUCCAAUCAGCGAAUUAGAUCCCGAGGUGUUCAAAGACAUCCUGGAAUUACGAGUGUGGCAAUGUAGAGGUUGUCACUUGAAGAGGAUCAACACCCAAAUCUAUCACCUGCUGCCUUAUCUGGCCCACUUGGACCUAGGUCAGAACCGCAUGCAGUUCCUCGAAGCGGACGAAUUCAUCGACCUGCAUCGUCUGCGAGUGCUCAAACUAGACGGUAAUCAACUCCCAGUCGUCCUGGAACGCACCUUCGUCAACAACGUCCAUCUCCGUGUGUUAUGCUUAGCUCGUAACCGCAUAGCGAAGAUCACCAACACUGCCUUCCUCAACCUCACCAACCUCGUGGAACUAGACAUCGGGUACAAUAAACUGGACCGCUUGGAAGCAGACACCCUACACCCAAUCUCCGAGAAACUCCAGAAACUCAUCAUAAGUGGUAAUAACUUUGGGAUAUCCGUGAUCAGACUAGCACUUCAAGUGACUCCUCAUGUGACUGAUCUGGCGAUAGCAGAUCUCAAACUCAAGGACCUACCUAAAAACGUGAUACCCUCCCAUGUGCAACACCUAAACCUCUCCGGGAAUUACCUGAGUAAUUUAAGUGAUUCCGCGUUACCAGAACAACUCCUAAGUCUGGACCUAAGAGGUAACCCAUUUCGGGGCCUAGAUGAUCAGUUGAUCCUACGCCUGGAACAUGUCCACACUUUACACCUGGAUAACAUCACGUGGACCUGUGAAUUGUGUCACAUCUCACCAAUGUUAUUCCGUGUAAACACUUCUGUGUUCCUCGCAAACAUAACCUGCAUGUAUCCGAUGACCUUGAGAGGUGUCUCCCUAGCAUCUCUAAACUUUGAAGACAUCAAACAGUGCGGAGAGGAAGUAGAUCCCAAUGUCUCGGAACUCUCACAUUUUGUAAAGAAUAAACUUGGGUUGAUCAUGGGUGCAAGUGGGUUGUUAAUAUUCCUAGUGAUAUGUGUACUAUUUGUGGUUAUAUCCUGUGUCAAACGGCAUGCAACCCACAAUGCAGACAUCAAAGAAAAAGAAGUACGUACCAGGGAAAUACGAAUGGAUUCAACAGCGACCGCCAUUUUUGUUGGGGGUGGUCCAGGGGGUAAAAACGAAAUCAGUUUUAAGUUUCCUUUAGAUUUGACAGAAAGAAAACUGUCAGUUAGUACCAUUGAUGAAAUGAAGAAGGAAACAAUGAUUAAUUCCAUUCCGAAUGGGACAGGGACAGGAAUAUGAAAGUUGCUCAUGUUAAUAUCAAAACCUAACCUUAAAUUAUGUUUGUUUUGGUUUUAAAUGAUUGCAUGCAAAUGCAAAUCAAUAAAAUGUGCAUAAACAAGGAAAUAGCGGCGCUGGAUGCCAAUCAUUCUCUGAAUAUAAUAGCGCGCUUCUUUACGACGCCAUUUCCGGCAUUUAUUUGUUCAAUAAAUGUCACCGAUGGUGACGCGCGCAAAUUUAUUAAUCCACAGCGUUCCCCAACGUAAACAUGUGUUACAAGUCUUGUUAUGUUUUACAAAACACUCGGUAUACAUGCAAAUAAAUAAAAUUACUACAACAACAAAUGUCAAAUGUCAAAUGUCAAACGUAAACUCGUUUUAAUGCAGGACCACAAAAAUUUCAUUUAAAUUUUAUGUUUAUUAACAUAAAAACAAGAAAAAAACAUUUUUAUGCGGGUUGAUGGAGUAGGUUAUAUUCAUUCAGGGUAGGCAGCACACUAUACACGUAAAUAUAUUGGAAUAUAUUUGAAUCUCCGCGUCAGUUUCUGCUUAGGUUUUAAACACAUUUCAACUUUGCACUCGUUGCGCUAACAAAAGCUAAAGCGCGAUUGCUCGAGUCGUCGUUUCGUUUGAUUCGCGCAUAAAACAGGAGCCGAGUUAAAAUCCGAAAUCUUCAAACGCUCCAAGCGGCUGCUGCUACUCACUGAGCAACACAUAAACGAGCUUUCAAUACGAAACGCAAACUACGCCGUAAUUUCGUACGUUCAUUUUGAUUCACGACUAUAACGACAUACGGCACGGCAGCGUUUAUUCAAGUUAAUUAAGUAGCAUACAGAGUGUCCCAAAAAUUUUUUAUCAUAAAAAAAAUUUGUUCUACGUUUUUAGGUUAUAGAAAUAAAUUUAAUACUUUUUGGUAAAUUUUUUUUAAACAAAAUUUUUGGUCUUUCUGUGACACCCUGUGUGGACUUCUUUUAAGUCCUCUCUAAAUAGUGUUGGUGUUUGACUGCGGCGUGCGCGGCUUACGCUGCGUCCUGUUUCGUCCUUUGCUUUUCCAUCUGUUACUUCUGGCGUGCUGUUGCUUGAUACAAUUAUCCCUUCGCGUUAUCGCCCCCUUCUGGGCUUUCCCGGAUCGCCGACGAAUAGCUCCACGAUGGUGUCGUCGCCGUCGUCGUCAUCGCGUGUGUGUUGCCGGGCCAUUUCUUAAACAUGUUUCAUGUCGCUCGAUUCCUUAUUUCGUGUGGGGAUGCUGCUGGGAGGAUGAAAUACAACGCUGAUAAGGGUAUUAUUUAGUACUAACUAGUAGCAAGACAAGUAGCACAUGUUUAGACGUCGCACAGUUUAACAGUUUCGAUGCUCGUAUUAGCUGUUUGUGGAUUUUUGGUGAAAAUUUUUGCAAAAAUUGCGAUAACUCGGAAAGUA